AUGAGUUUGGAGGGCUUGGAGACCCCGGCGGUCGUCGAAGCCCACCAGGCUUCGAUAGCUGAGCCAACAGGAUGGUUCCUGUUGAAGUACGCAGAGGGUAGCCGGGACACGAUUGAGGUCUACAAAAGGGGAACCGGUGGUGUCAGCGAGGCCCGCGAUGCCAUCGAAAGCUACCCGGACAAGUCACCACUAUACGGCAUGGUGCAACAUAGGAGGAGGAAAGUCAUCGUGAAAUAUGUGCCAGACGGCACUUCUCGUCUGCUCCUAGUGCGCGUCAAGAUUCAAUUUCAGGCAGUGCCGGACGCUUUUCCUCACGAUGUAGUAUUCGAGAUCACAACCGCCACCGGGCUGAACGAUUCGGCGCUGGGUAUGCACACUAUGCUCGCGCCUUCGAUCGGCUCAGUAACAUCGUCAUCUUCAUCCUUGCGAAAGGAGCGCCUGAAAGACAUCACAGAGGAUGCGGAGGAAGGUGGGAUUGCUAAGAAAGAGACCACACAUGGACUUGCACCAGAAGUCGCGACACAAUCUCAUGUUCCAGUUGCUAUACCAACUCACAGACAAGAGGCGCCAACAGUGCAGCCACAAGAGGACAUGCUGGACGAUCUCCCGGCAAGCGCACUGCGCGCAAAGGCCCUUCUUGCCAUGCGCAAUUCCCCAGAAAUCGACGUCACAGACCACGACGAGCAAGAGUCACGAGCGCGAUCAGAGACGCCACUGAAGCACGCCUUGUCAGAUGCCUCGCGAGAGCAGAAGCCAUCAGCAUACACCUCGGCCUCUCCACCCAUUCUCCCACCGAUUGUGCCUGUGAGCACAGACUUCGACAAGGCUCUUCCUGCGCCGCCAGCUACUGAAGAUGUCGCUCCACAGCAGUCAGCGAAAGCCUUGCCAGUCGAGGAGUUCGUAGCACAUCAGCCGCCUGCGCGGUCAACAACAGCACCAGACCUUAAGCACUCUCCACAUUUGACAGCCGGAGAAUCGGAAAGCAUCAGCCUGUGGAGCAGUGAGGUCGCUCAAUUUGUACCGCAGCCGAAGAAAAAGAAACUUGGUCCUCGUCCACACGUAGAGCCGCCAGGGCGACCUCGCACUUCAGGAGCCUCCGACAACAAUGUUCGCACAAGAACAACAGCGGGCUUGCCGAACACUGUCAAAGUUGCCACGGAUCGUGCAAGGAUGCCAAUGUCGUUACGACCAAGCUCGCAGCAGUCCUCCAAAAGCGUACCGGGACGCUUUCCAUCGUCGCAGUCUGUCACCAAUCAUCCGCCGAUGCCAUCACCUACACAUAUUCCACAUUUCCAGCGUCCAGAAAGCAGAUCAGUGGUUGGGAGAACCCCGUCUAUGACUUCCGAAAUGAGCGUCAAUGCUACACCUGAGAAGAUCCGGCUGAUGAAAGCUCUGCAGAUGCGGAAGCGCAACAUGCUCGCAACUCAGCGGUCGUCCCUGAGUCCGAUGCUGCCGGCUGAGCACUCACCACAAGGCCAGAAUGGAUAUCUGCCGGACUCUAACGGUGGCACACCUACACCCACUACUUUCGCAUCGGAGCGAGCUGAAGAAUCUUCAUUUACAAGCCGGGAGGAGCCCGAGAAUCGACGUGGAUCGCUCUCGUCCGAUACCAGCUCCUCCAUCACCCCGAAAGCGGAUGAAUCAGAGAAGCCGAAACCAAAAGCUGUCAAGCCCGAAAAGCGAGAGGAUCGUAGUCGGCUCGCCGCGCCUCCCAUAGCAGAGGUCGAUAGCGAUGAUGAGAUUUCGAAUUCGACUCAGGACAACCAAGUAGAUUCGUUUCCUGCGCCACCUCGAUCACCGGUCCCGCCUGCCUCACCAGGACCACCUGCGAAGGAUACGAUUCCCCGCAAACCUGUUGCUGCUACGGCGGCGCAGUCGACUCCGUCUCCUUCAGAUCACUCGCCAUCGAGGCCCGCGAAUCCCAAACGUCUCAGUAUGAGCAAUGUGGCGUCUAGGGUCAAGAAAGGCCUCUCAAUACCUCAGCCAUUGCAGACCACAAACUCCGCUGAUGUCUCAGGUGAUUCCGAUGCCGAGUCCUUCAUGGAUGAAUUGGAGAAUGCGACCGUCCAGGAGGCAAAGCCAGUCAUAGUCGCACGAACGCCGGUCACUCCAGUCAUGUCCGCACCAGCAAUUUUCAGGGACGGCAAUCGCAACGGUACGAACGGUUUUCAGCCUCGGUCCUCGAGCGCAAACUACAUCCAAGAAAGAUCGCAGGCCUUGGGAAGCCGUAGCUCAUCUGCUUUGAACAACUGGCCGCCCAUGCCAAAUGAACAGCAGGGUGCUCCACUAACAAAGAAAUCAUCACUGGGUACAGGCAUCUCGAAAAGAAUUAAGGCGCUGGAGGUCCUGUCAACUCGCGACUCAACGAGUCCGCCCCGACAACCUGUACGUGACAUACCCUCAAAGAGGUCUGCGUUUGAGACUUUUAUGAAGCGUUCGUCAUUUGUGAAGCCAAACGCAUCGACUGACAAGCCUCCUCCAAAGAAGGUACCCGAAACCAUGCCUGUCGGACCCAUUGCAACAAACGUUGGUCCCGCAGCGAGCGACCCUGCUGCCUUUGCGCCCCCAGCCAAGGGAGAGGCUGUGUCUGUGACAGCCCGCAUCAUUCGACGGGAUGAGCACUUACCACCGUCGACAGCGCCAGGGGAUCUCAAUCUUCAUCGAAGUCCCCUAAUUGUCGAGCACGAACGGAAGAACAUAGAUGGUCGAGCCGUCAGCAGAGGACGUACUGCAGACCCACCUCGAAGUCCAGUCAAAGAGAAAGGCCGCUUCUCAUUCUCGUCGUACCGGUCAAUGACACAAUCCGCAUCGCAGCCGGCACGACUGAACACGGCAGAUUCAUCAAGCAAACUAUCGUUGUCGAGCAGGGCAAAAAUGCCAAGAUCGAUGAGUGAUAAUUCAUCCCUGACGGAGGAAAAGAAAGGAGGGUCGCGGACGCACCGACUGAUGAAGAGGGUGUCCAAUCUCACAGGGCGCAAGAGUCAGAAGAAUCUAGCAGCCAAAUCGGAGGUCGACCUCCAUCGCGAGCAGCAUCCUGAGACCAUUGACGAGAGAAUGGAAGGCGACGACCGUACCGUGACUUCAAACAACGAAAGUCUAUUACACGUCGUCGAUAUUGGGGACGUGAACGUCCAGUUCCCUGACACAUUGCUCUGGAAGCGUCGCUUCAUGCGUAUUGAUGAUCAGGGAUAUCUCAUUUUCUCACCUCCAGCGAACGACCCGAGCAUACGGAACGUGAGCCGGAAAUAUCACCUUGCCGACAUACGCACUCCGACGCUUCCGGACCUGGAACGCGAGCAGAUGGCGUGGAGCGUGUUCCUCGAUAUGAGAGAUGGCACUUGCAUUCAAUGCGCUUGCGAGAGCCGGGCUAUGCAGCAGCAGGUCCUUCAAAUGCUUGUUGAUGCUCACAGCGCCUACUCUCAGCUUUAUGGUACAUAA